CGAGCAGCUCCUCUACAGUCCGCAACGGGAAGGUGGUCUUCUGUCAGAGGCACCGCGAAGCAGAGCAGAGGACUAGCAGUGCUACUCGUUUCUCCUCACCGCUGCGCAAAAGAGAAGAAAAAAAGAGCGAACAUGUCCGCUUUCAUGUUUGCCGUCGUCGUCUUUGGAAGUUUCAUCUUGGCGUCCUCCUCGUGCCCCGCCGAAUGCUCGUGUCCGCGAGACGUGCCGAAGUGCGCGCCGGGGGUGAGCCUCGUGCUGGACGGCUGCGGCUGCUGCAGGGUGUGCGCGCGGCAGCUGAACGAAGACUGCAGUAGGACGGAGCCGUGCGACCACACCAAGGGGCUCGAGUGCAACUUCGGCGCCAGCUUCGGAGCCGCCAAAGGCAUUUGUCGAGCCAAGUCGGAAGGAAGACCGUGCGAAUACAACAGCAAGAUCUACCAAAACGGCGAGAGCUUCCAGCCCAACUGCAAGCACCAGUGCACGUGCAUCGACGGGGCUGUGGGUUGCAUCCCCCUCUGCCCCCAGGAGCUGUCCCUGCCGAACCUGGGCUGUGCCAACCCGCGCCUGGUGAAGGUAGCCGGACAGUGCUGCGAAGAGUGGGUGUGUGACGAAGGCAAGGGGGUGGACAUCUUCAGCAAGGAAAGCGGCACGGAUGAGUCAGAGAAUGACCUCACCAACAGAAAUGAGCUCAUUGCCCUCGUGAAAGGGGGACUCAAGUCUCUACCUGCUUUCAGAAUCCAGCCCGAGGGUUACAUGUUCGAGACUGAAAAGUGCAUCAUCCAGACCACAGCGUGGUCUCAGUGCUCCAAGACCUGUGGCACCGGCAUUUCCACCAGGGUCACCAACAACAACAGUGAAUGCAAACUGGUGAAGGAGACGCGCAUCUGCGAGAUCAGGCCUUGCAGCCAGUUAUCGUACUCCACUUUUAAGAAGGGAAAGAAGUGUAGCAGAACCAACAAAUCCAGCAAGCCCGUAAGGUUCACAUACGCCGGCUGUUCCAGCCUGAAGAAGUACCGUCCAAAGUACUGUGGGUCCUGUGUGGACGGCCGGUGCUGCAGCCCUCUGCAGACCAGAACGGUCCGUGUCAAGUUCCGCUGCGAAGACGGUGACACCUUCAACAAGAACGUCAUGAUGAUCCAGUCAUGCAAGUGCAACUUCAACUGCCCCAACACCGAGGCCCCCUACCCCUUUUACAGACUCUUCAAUGACAUCCACAAGUUUAGGGACUGAGUUGUCCCGAGUCCCUGGGAAACAUCAUUGCUGACUGCAGAGUCUGAGAUCCAGGGACCUGCUCCAUAUUCAAAACUGAUUUCAAUCGCCUUUAUGUCCAAAUUCCUAAGGAAUAGUGGAUAUCAUGAAGGCUAUAAUACGAAGUGCACUGUUAAGCUGGAUACACUUUCAGCAUUAUUUCCUUCUAAAGACUUGCUUCGUAAUACUGGAGCAUUAUUUCGGUAGCUUCAUUAUGGAGCAGUAUGUAAUUAUGUCUGUAAAAUUGAGUUGGUAAUACUUAAGACUUGCUGUGUAUAUUGUUUUGCAAAUACAUCAAAGGACCCAACAUUGUAAUGUCUUUGUAUUUAUGCAUAUGUGUAUAAAUACACAUAACAUGUAAUCUGACUUUUUGAAGAUGCAACAUUUAAAUUGUUCGUGCUCACAUUCCUUUUUUGAUGUGGACUAAUCUGUUCAUAUUUUGUGGCAGCUAUAAAAUUACUUUUCCAU